AUGAUUGGUCGAAUUUUUGGUAAAAAGGAUACUGGCUCUGAGGGAGCAUCGGACGAUUCGCCCAGGAGACCACGGUUCCGACGGACGAAAAGUGCAGCAUCCGAAAGCAUCUACGCCGACUAUGAGUCCGACGACUGGGGAGAUGCAGCUACUAUCCACGUUGACCGCGAUGGGAACCGUAUUCGCACGGGGUCCGAGAACGACAGUCUGGAAGACUGGCAGCGCCAACCAGGUCUCAUCGCUCGCAUGCGCAGUCUGAGCAUAUCUCGCCCCAACUUCACUCGUGCUCCUCCUGCUCCUACAGCGUAUGGCUGGGCCGCUCGAGUCGAAGGUGCGGGGGGAUUCGACGAGACUCAACAGCGGCGAGACGAGGAAAGGAGCCAUCGUCCUGUUACCAUGCCUGUUCCGAACCCCGCACCCGCACCCAUCGACGUACGAGGCGGUGUCGAGUUUCCUGUGCUGGACGAAGCUCCUCCGCCGGCACUUCUCAGUCAAUCUUCGAGUCUGUCAAUCGAGCCAGGAGCGCGGAUCUUAGACGACCGCUCGGGGACGAGUAGCCCCAAAGUCAUCGACCCCAAGGCCAUCGGCAAAAAGGGCCCACAGGAUAUGAUAGGAUCUAUAAAGCCUGGUCAACUCGGGGCGUAUACUCGGCGAAGGCAUCUGUCCCGAGUCGAAAAGAUUGCAGCUGUGAUCCAACAUGUCGCCGGCCUGCCUUUUAUCACCGACUCGCCUGUCAAAACGUACUACCCGCCUAAAGACAAGGAGGUCAUACCGCCUGUUGAGCCGUAUCGUGCCUUCGACAAGACUGUCCCAAAGCGAUAUCUUCCCCCUCCUCCCAUGCCUCCAUCGUGGUACCAACCCAAACCUCCAAAGCCCAAAAAGACCAAGGAGCCCAAGAAACCAAAGGAGCCCAAGGAGUCUAAACAGCCCAAGAAGCUCGGCCCGCCCGGUGGUAUCCAUAUCGCGGACGAUCGUGGGUUCCCUCUCGACCCCUCAGACAACGAAUUUACAUACCCCGACUAUGACAAUCCAUACUACUAUCCAGAAUCUCCAUAUAACUGGGAGGGGGACACCCCCACGCUUCAGUCCGAUUUAACUACCACGGAGGAAAGCGCAAGUUACUACGAACAGCCUCGGCCGACGGCAGGCAUCGAUUUUGCCACUCUGCCAGUCCGCCCUGCCUUUUUCCCAGCGCCUAUCAAGUCGACUGGGCUCACCACACUACCAAAUCAACACGCUCCCUAUUAUGGUCCUCUACAAAUCGCAGACUCUCCGUACUAUGGCGACGAAGACGACGAGGACUACGAUGAGGACGAGUAUGAAUACGAGUACGAAUAUGAAUAUGACGACGAUGAUUAUUCCCCAACCGAAUCCUCACACGCACCCAUCCCUUCUCCACUAACAACCGCAUACGACCCGCGCAUUUCCCGCGUUCCUACUCUACACGCCCGCACACCCCUCGCCAUCACCUACCCAAUCCCCGCGCCCGAGUCUUCAAGUGCUUUCACGGCGCCCGGCCCUCCGCUGGUUAUUCCCUCGCCGACUGCUCAAUUACAAGUGGCAUCGACUGCUGCUCCUGCUGCCGCCCCUGCUGCUGCGAGUGCGAGUGCCAAUGCCAGACUUGGUCCGCUCCCCGGAGGGUAUUCAUCUUCUGAACAACCGUUUGCAAAGCAUUACGAUGCGUAUGUCCCUCCCAAAGACAAGAAGCAGAAACGAUCUCCGAAGGAAUCGAGUGGAAUGUCUUCUCGCUCGAAAGAUGGGCCGUCUCCUCGUUCGAAGCCUGGCCCAUCUCCUCUUUCAAAGUCUGGCCCAUCCCCUCUUUCAAGGCCUGGACAGCCUCCUCUUUCAAAGCACGGUCCAUCCCCUCGCUCAAAGCCCGGACCCUCGCCACAAGUCCUAUACGAGCCUUCUCCCUAUGGGUUCGGACCUCCAUUGAGACCGCCGUCCAAUAUGAAGAUCGGCCUGUCGUCUCGUGCGCCCGCGGGCCCCGUGGGCGUGUCUUCUCAGCCACCGUAUGGACCGUCGGCGCCAGCCACACAUCGUCCUUCUCCCGGGACGUCGUAUGGUCCGUCUCCUGAAAUGUCGUAUGGCCCGUCUCCUGGGAUGUCCUACGGUCCUUCUCCUGGAAUGUCGUAUGGCCCUUCUCCUGGAAUGUCGUAUGGCCCUUCUCCAAACAUCCCCUACGGGUUCCCCUACAAGCCAUCCCCGCAGACGGCCUGGGGACCUUCGCCCCAAGCUCCGUAUGGAAUACCACCAAAAGGCCCAUCACCACAAGUUCCUUACGGACUACCAAUGCACGGAGCCUAUGGACCUUCACCCCAAGCACCCUACGGACCAUCCCCUCAAACAGCAUACGACCCCGGAACAUACGGACCCCCCACACACGACGCACCCACGCACCCAUACGCAUACUUGGCCAGGACCGGAACGCCCACGUACGUCGACCCGAUCAAGGACCAAUACGUAUGGGGCUGGGGCGCUCGCGAAAUAGGGCCCGACGGGUUACCCCUCCCCCCGCCUAUUCCGGGCGAAUCUCCGCCCCCGGUCCCGUCGCCCAUCGCGAGCGUCACGAGCAUCGCGCGGUCCCGAUCGAGUCGUCGUGGAUGA